AUGCAGCGGCGCGGCGCGGGGCUCGGGUGGCCGCGGCAGCAGCAGCGACAGCCCCCGCCGCCCGCGGUCGGGCCCCGGGCCGCAGCCAUGGCCCCCCCGAGCGGCGGCACCCCUCUGGGCCUCGGCGGGCGCCCUGCCUGCGCGCUGCUCCUGCUCUGCUACCUGAAUUUUGUGCCAUCGCUGGGCAGGCAGACAUCCCUGACGACGUCGGUGAUGCCCAACGCCGAGCAGAGCGUGGUUUACAAAGACUUUAUUUAUUUCACCGUCUUUGAAGGGAAUGUGCGCAAUGUCUCUGAAGUCUCGGUUGAGUAUUUAUGCUCUCAGCCUUGUGUUGUCAACUUGGAAGCAGUCGUUUCAUCUGAGUUCAGAAGUAGCAUUCCUGUGUACAAAAAAAGGUGGAAGAACGAGAAACAUCUUCACACCAGUAGGACACAAAUAGUACAUGUGAAAUUUCCAAGCAUCAUGGUGUACAGAGAUGACUACUUCAUCCGACACUCCAUCUCUGUCUCCGCGGUGAUACUACGCGCCUGGAUUACUCACAGAUAUGGUGGCGGGGACUUGAAUGUUAAAUGGGAGGAAAACCUGCUCCGUGCGGUAGCCAAGAAUUACACCCUGCUGAAGACGGUCCCCCCUUUUGAACGCCCUUUCAAAGACCAUCAAGUGUGCCUCGAGUGGAACAUGGACUAUAUUUGGAACCUCUGGGCCAACAAGAUCCCCCAGUGUCCUCUCGAAAACGAUGCUGUCACCCUCCUGAGCUUUGUCUACGCCUCCAGUGGAGAAAACACGGGAAUCGUGAAGAAGAUCCCCAGGUUUCAGAACCGAGAGCUGGAAGCCACCCGACACCAGCGGAUAGAUUACCCAGUGUUUACUCUUUCACUGUGGCUUUAUUUACUCCAUUAUUGCAAGUCCAACCUCUGUGGGAUUCUGUACUUUGUGGAUUCUAAUGAGAUGUACGGCACACCUUCUGUAUUUCUUACCGAAGAGGGCCACUUGCAUAUUCAGAUGCAUCUUGUCAAAGGAGAAGACCUUGCUGUGAAAACGAAAUUCACUGUACCCUUGAAGGAGUGGUUUCGAUUGGAUAUCUCUUUUAAUGGAGGCCAGAUAGUAGUAACCACCAGCACUGGACAGGAUUUGAAAAAUUAUCAUAAUCAGACCAUUAGCUUCCGGGAGGACUUUUAUUACAAUGACACCGCUGGGUACUUCAUUAUUGGAGGGAGCAGAUAUGUGGCCGGCAUUGAAGGCUUUUUUGGACCCCUGAAGUACUAUCGCCUUCACACUCUGCACCCUGCACAGAUUUUCAACCCCCUUCUCGAGAAGCAAGUAGCUGAACAAAUCCAGUUCUAUUACAACCGGUGUGCACAGGUUCAAGAGAUAGUGUCCGUCUACUUGUCUGAGGUCCAGCAAGGGGGACAAGAAGCAUGCGACCCCCAGAACUCCUACCUGCACCUGAAGCGUAGGUAUGGCCGACUCCCCACCUGCAGAGCCUUUCCCUGGGAGAAGGAACUUAAGGAUCAGCACCCCAGUUUGUUCCAGACCUUGCUGGAGACACCCGUCUUGACAGUGCCAAGGAACCCAAAUGAAUCUAUAUUAGAAAUUGGUGGGAGGAUAUUUGAGAAGGCUGUAAAGAGACUCUCCAGUGUCGAUGGUCUUCACCAAAUUAGCUCUGUCAUCCCCUCGCUGAUGGAUUCCAGCUGCUGUGGAUACCAUAAAGCAUCCUACUACCUCGCCGUCUUUUAUGAAACUGGAUUAAAUGUACCUCGGGAUCAACUGCAGGGCAUGCUGUAUAGCUUGGUUGGAGGCCAGGGCAGUGAGAGGCUGUCUUCAAUGAAUCUUGGAUACAAGCACUAUCAGGGCAUUGAUGAGUACCCCCUGGACUGGGAGCUGUCCUAUGCCUACUACAGCAACAUUGCUACCAAGACCCCCCUCGACCAGCACACACUACAAGGAGAUCAGGCAUAUGUUGAAACAAUUAGGCUGAAAGAUGAUGAAAUACUCAAGGUACAAACCAAAGAAGAUGGAGAUGUCUUCAUGUGGCUGAAGCACGAAGCUACUCGAGGCAACGCAGCCGCCCAGCAACGAUUGGCCCAAAUGCUCUUCUGGGGACAGCAAGGGGUGGCCAAGAACCCAGAAGCGGCGAUUGAGUGGUAUGCCAAGGGCGCCCUGGAGACCGAAGACCCUGCAUUAAUAUACGACUAUGCCAUUGUGUUAUUCAAGGGUCAAGGAGUGAAAAAGAACAGACGGCUUGCCUUGGAGCUGAUGAAGAAAGCAGCUUCCAAGGGAUUGCAUCAGGCAGUCAAUGGCCUGGGAUGGUAUUAUCACAAAUUCAAGAAAAAUUAUGCCAAAGCGGCAAAGUACUGGUUAAAAGCAGAAGAAAUGGGUAACCCAGAUGCAUCGUACAAUCUUGGAGUCCUGUAUCUGGAUGGAAUUUUCCCAGGAGUUCCUGGAAGGAAUCAAACUUUAGCCGGUGAAUAUUUCCACAAGGCUGCCCAAGGUGGACACAUCGAAGGGACCUUGUGGUGUUCUCUCUACUACAUCACAGGGAACCUGGAGACCUUCCCCAGAGAUCCCGAGAAGGCUGUUGUAUGGGCAAAGCACGUAGCUGAGAAGAAUGGCUACUUGGGUCACGUCAUUCGCAAAGGCCUCAAUGCCUACCUGGAGGGUUUCUGGCACGAAGCUUUGCUGUAUUAUGUUUUAGCAGCAGAAACUGGGAUUGAAGUGUCACAGACAAAUUUAGCACACAUCUGUGAGGAGCGGCCAGACCUGGCCAAGAGAUACUUGGGUGUUAAUUGUGUUUGGAGAUACUAUAAUUUCUCUGUUUUCCAAAUCGAUGCGCCUUCAUUUGCAUAUUUGAAAAUGGGAGAUCUUUACUACUAUGGCCACCAAAACCAGUCACAAGACCUUGAGUUGUCUGUGCAGAUGUAUGCCCAAGCCGCGCUGGAUGGGGACGCCCAGGGUUUUUUCAACCUGGCCCUGCUCAUUGAGGAAGGUGCUAUGAUCCCACCUCACAUUUUGGAUUUCUUGGAAAUUGACCCAACUGCCCAUCCUGAUAACAUCUCCAUCCUCCAGGAGCUGUACGAAAGGUGCUGGAACCACAGUAGCGAGGAGUCCUUCAGCCCCUGCUCCCUGGCCUGGCUCUACCUGCAUCUCCGGCUCAUCUGGGGUGCCCUCCUCCACUCUGCCCUGAUCUACUUUCUGGGGACCUUCCUGCUGUCCAUCUUGAUCGCCGGGAUUGUGCAGUAUUUCCAGUCUCUCUCAGCCAGCGGUUCCCCUUCCACUCCAGCCCCAGCCUCUCCAGACCCCACCCCUGCCACGGCAAGUCCAGCUGUGCCUCCAGCUGUGCCUCCAGCUGCAGAUGCCUCCGCUCAGGACCAGCCUAUGGUCACCAACAGCUCGGAGCCACGGGGGUGAACUGUGCACUCCGGGUCUCUCCAGAUGACAGAGCAGCCUGUCAGCAGCUGGUAUUGGAAAGCUGGGCAUUACACUGAUAAACACCUUAAAUGUCUUGUCAACUGGAUACGAAUUUGCACUUGGUGUCUUUUUGGUUUUUUUUUUAAAUCUAAUUACAAGGAAGUACACAGAGCAGAUGGUGGGCACACCAGAGGUUACCAAACAAGUAGAAGGCACCCCUGAUCAAACGGGUGUACCUGUCGGGAGGUUCCCUGGAUUGCUGCCGAGGCGGUACCUGGUGGGGCUGUGUGUGGCUCCUCCGGAUCCUCAUACACAGAAUUGCAUUUUAAGAAUCUUCGCCCCUUGUUCAUUCCUUUUAUUAAAGAGCAAAAAUUGUGACUUCUUUACAAGUUAGGUAACAUUUCAGUACAUGUGUCGGCCACAGUGUUGCUGCUUGAUGUCCUGUUGAAGGAUUUCUGUGUGAUUUCCAAGCCCCAGCAAUAAUGGGGUACCUUGAAAUAAAUGGGUUGUGGCUGGAAAAGCAGGGAGGGGAUGGCUUUGUAAAUGGGUUUACAUUUUUCUCCUUGAAUUUUCCUCGGGUUGUCGUGCUUCCAAAUCCUUUAAUGACAUUGUUGGAUAUCAUUUACUUUUUCAAUUGCAAUCCAUAAAAUAACAUUUAGAAAAUUCUUAGUAUUUAAGUGUAGUCUCCUCCAUGAAUUACCCAUUAGAAUAGACUGGCAGUAGUAGAAUAUGCAGGAAACAAGCCUUUAGCUCAUAGUCUCACCCUACCCCUUAUGCCUGCCUGGGUCUGUGUAGGGGUGUGCGUGCGUGUGCGUGUGCGUGUGUGUGUGCACAUGCAAGAGAGAGAGAAAGAGCGAGCGAGAGCAGAGCAUCUGUAUGCUGCUAAGAUAGUAAAUAAAUCAGUAAUGCAAUAUUGUGGAUCUAAACUACUCUUUGCACUACUUUAUUUACAGUAGUAAAUAAAAAUUAUUUUU